AUGAAGUCAUCGAACCCUAUCAACACGACCACUGAGGAUAGUAUCCGAAAGAGCACGGUAUUUCAGGAGACCUUGGGGACUGAGGACAAAGUACCGCCAGAUUCAAGGCUGAGAUUAGAGCGUUCUACAACUACUACGGACGAUGUGCCUUCCAAACCAACACCCGAUACAUCUGGAUUGAGUGAGCAAUCGCUUCUUGAGGAGCUCUUCCCGGAAACGAGUAGUACUUCACAACCUCAGUCUGAGCCAAGAGACCGGUACCCAAAGCUCCACCUCCCCGACUCAACGCCUGUCGUUCGUCGAGAAAACUCCAAUCAUACUCAGUCAUUCAAAGAGCGAGUGGUUGAAUCCUUGCAUAAGCAAGGAGAGCAAGUCACUGUUCUCCAGCUCACAAAUUGCAGCACUGAGUUGACUGAAGCCGAUUUCCGUCGGAUCAUACCAAAGGGCAAGCACAUUGAAGGUUGGCAUCGAGACGAUGACUUGUACAAGGUCGUACCUGGUCGCGACCCCUUGAGUCUCGAGCGUCUACCCUUUUACUACCUCCUCUUCAAGAGCGCAGAAGCAGCUCUUGCGUACCAGAAGAACGCUUCGCGGCUGCACAAAUUGAGCGCCCUCCAUCAACCUGCGAAUAUCUUCUCCGCCAUUCCACCACCUAAGGGGUUCAUUGAAGAAGGCGAAGACAUCACGGCCGCCAUCUCAUCCUACAACCUCUUACCUACACGCCACCCCAUGAGCUUGAACGUUCUGAUGCAGCCCUACAACCCUGCCCUACGCAACUUGGUUGAGAGAGGCGGCUACCAACCCAUCGCACCCUCGGUCGACGCAAAGGGAAAUCCAAUUUGGAGGGUACUCAUGCAUAUUGAAGGUUACGAGCCUACACCCUCGGACCUUUUCAAGAUCUUCUCUCGCGACGCGUACAAGCACGGCAUGAUUCUUCCUCUCCGUAACGAAUCACAAACGUCGAUCCAUCGUCUCCGCGACAUGAUCAACCUUAAGGUGUCGUCCAAGGCUGUCUCGUCGAGCCGUCCGCGCGCAUACGGCACGUUUGAUCAGUCGAGUUCUGAUUCGGAGAUGACGUAUGAUGAUCCGGCGAUCCAGAGCAUGCUAGGUGGUGUAGAUGAAGAUAGCCCGAGUCAGCAGAACCAACUGGUCAUGAAUCGCGUGUACAAUCGAUGGGUGCUGGAUUUUGACGACGAGGAUACUGCUCGGAGAUGGAGUGUGCGGUGGCACCGUAGACUGCUGCCUGAAUUGAGCCAUACAAAGGGAGCGUGGAGAGACAGUGAAGAGGCUAGGAUCUGCAACACUGAACUCCUGUGGUGA